GUUUUCUGAAAUCAGUACAAGUUUCUGAAUUAUUAAAUAUUUUGUUAAAUAUAUACAUAUAUACCUAACUUACACUUAUAUCUAUUUGGACUCAAAAUGAUCAAACUUUUCCUUGUGUUUGCGUGCAUAAUCAUAAUGGAAUUGGAUGCAAAUCCUCAUGGGCAUUUGAAUAAUGAAAUACCCGAAGGAUUAUUGAAUGCCGAUUCUUUAUCGGAUGAUUACCCACUCUAUUAUCAUAAAGCAUAUCCACGUAGAUCGUGGGGAACAAACAGAAAACGUUGGUUUCCUAUAAAAGAAUAUCGUGGUGGACUAAUGGAAGUUUAAUCACAACUAUCCUAAGAUGAUUCUAUGCAGACAAUCUUCACAAAUUCUUAUAUUCAUUCACAGAAUUAAUAUGUACUUAAAUAUUGUUGAAUAAAUUGAUUCACAUACAUACAUACAUAUAUAUGCUGUUUUGUUUUAAUUUA